UUGGUGUUCUGUGGAAAAGUAUUUACAUUUUUAAUGUCAACUGGUAACCUUAAUUUCCCUAUAUUUUGUUAAAAAUGUUUUGGACCGCACAAUCUUCAUAGUUAUGAAAUAUUGAGUACUUUACUAUUUAUAUACUAGAUUUUCGGCUACUAAAAUGGAAACCGAAGAACAUCUGCUUUCACUGAAGGUGAUGCGCCUCACACGCCCUACCUUAGCCAGUCCUUUUCCAGUUACUUGCGAUAGUAAAGACCUGCCAGGAAAUCUAUUGAACAAUGCUUUGCAGCAGGAUCCCACUUCGGUCGAAGGUACCGAAACGCUCUGUACAGGACAAUUUCUGCUUCUGCCACAAACACCAGUCAACAUAUACCUCGGUGAAACUUUUUCCAGCUACAUAUGCGUGUACAGUGAAACUGAGAAUGUAGUCAACAAUAUAACAGUUAAAGUCGACUUGCAAACAAGCUCGCAAAGGUUACCUCUGUUCUCCAAUCCACCAACAACUCAGCUACCUCCAGAUAAAACUGUUGAUGUUGUCAUUCACCACGAAGUUAAGGAAAUUGGAACACACAUAUUGGUUUGUGAAGUCACCUAUCAAUCUCCCACUGGAGCUCCUAUGUCUUUCAGGAAAUUUUUCAAAAUAAUGGUUUUGAAACCACUGGAUGUGAAGACAAAGUUCUAUAAUGCUGAAAAUGAUGACGUAUAUCUGGAAGCCCAGGUACAAAACAUUACGACGGGCCCCAUUUGCUUGGAAAAAGUGGCGCUGGAUGCUUCACAUCUGUUCAAUGUUGCAUCUUUGAAUUCUACUUCAAAUGGCGAGAGUAUUUUUGGGAAAACAACGAUUCUUCAGCCACAAUCCAUUUGUCAGUUUCUGUAUUGUCUCCAACCAAACGAAAAGUUAUCGUCCGAUUUGAAGUUGCUCAGUGGGGCUACUAAUAUCGGAAAACUGGACAUUGUGUGGAGGUCCAACCUCGGAGAACGAGGCAGACUGCAGACCAGUCAGUUACAGAGAAUGAGUCCUGACUAUGGAGACAUCAGAAUGACGAUUACAGAAUUGCCUAACUUUGCUCUUCUCGAAGACUUGUUCACGUUCAAGUGUAAACUUGUCAAUAAUUGUGAUCGUACUGUAGAACUGAUGAUAUAUCUGGAGAACGUGGAAGGAAUAGCCUGGUGCGACAUCUCUGGGCGAAAAUUGGAACCUCUUCCCCCACUCUCCCAUGUAAUUUUAGAAUUUAAAUGCAUUCCAUUGAUACCAGGUUUGAGAACAAUUUCAGGGAUCAAACUACAAGAUAUUUUUUUAAAGAGAACGUAUACGUACAAUGAGUUAGGGCAGAUUUUUGUAGUUGUUGAAGAGGAUCAUUAUAAAUAAUGUAAAUAUAUUAAUUUAUUGGCGCAGUAGGAUUCAA